AUGUACCCCUCUCCUGAGGUUGAACAACAUAGUGAGAAGGAUGACGAUUCCUUCAGUUCUGAGAAGGACAUGGCUGUUGAAGGUUUGUGCUCUCUAGGGCAAACUGUGUCUGGUAAAGGAAAAUCUGUGGCAUCUAAAACUGCCAAUACUUCCCACUCUGAGAAGCAUGAUGAUGCAAACGAUGUGAUUGACCUAAAGGAUGAUAGGUCUGAUGAUCAAGAGGAUGACUUACUUCAUCAUUUAAAGCCAAGUGUGGCUAAACACAUGAAGACUCGAAAAGGAAGAUCUGUGGCUGAACUUAUGUCAGCUAGAAAAACUAAGAAGAUUGUUGGUAUUGGUCCCUGCAAAUCUUGGAGCAAGGUUGAAGUGAAGAAGAGGAAGGUUAGAGAAGAUUCUGAAUCUAAAGAGGAUGUUGAGAAAGAUGUCCCUGACAUCUCCCAUGUGAAGAAAACCACUGUGAGGAAGUCUCCUGUUAAAGUUGUUGCUUGCUAUGAGGGUUUAGUUAAGGAAUCCAUUGUCAAUAUUCCUGAGGAUAUUGCUGAUAAGAACAAUAAGGAAUUUUGCAAAGUGUUUGUGAGAGGUAAGUGUAUCACAUUCUCUCCCACUGUUAUUAACAAUUUUAUGGGAAGAAAAGUUGAGGGUGCAGGUGAAUUGGAAGCUACUGACAAUGAGGUCUAUAGAGAAAUUACAGCAAGGCAGGUGAAAGGGUGGCCUAUUAAAAAGCAUCUUCCUGCUGGGAAAUUGACUGUCAAGUAUGCUAUAUUACAUAAAAUAGUAGCUGCAAAUUGGGUGCCUACCAACCAUAUUUCCACAAUUGCUAAUACCCUUGGAAGCUUGCUUACAGUUGAUUAUGUACUUGGUUUUGUAACCCCUUAA